UCUGCUGGAGAGUGCCGACAGACGAGGCGAGACAAGCAACGAAAAUGGCUGACAUAGCGAGAUUUUCUUAUGUAUUUCUCUUUAUGUUAUGUGUAGGUUUAUCUAUUCGGGAUAUAGGUCUGUUUGCGGACUCCUCGAGUGAAAAAGAAAUUCCUACCAUAUCUAAAGCAGGAUUUAAAAACGUUGGUCCAACUCUAAGAUUCCAUUAUUGUUAUUCCUGUGGCUACCGAAAAGUUUUUGACGACUAUGUCAACAUUAUCCAGCAAAAGUACCCUGAGAUCUCUGUCCUUGGUGCUAACUAUGAUCCCCCGGGAUUGUCUCUCCAGUUUGCUCGAUUUUUGAGCAUAGCAAAAAUGGUUAUUAUGUUUGCUAUUAUGACUGGAACCAAUCCGUUCCGGUUCUUUGGAAAUGCAAAUGCUCCUCCACCAGGCUGGUGGACAUGGUGUGUGGAAAACAAGGUUUACUCGUGCCUCAUGUGUUUCUUCCUUACCAACGCGAUUGAGGGUCAAAUGAUGUCAACAGGAGCUUUUGAAAUUUCUCUUGAUGAUAUGCCAGUGUGGUCUAAAUUGGAGACCGGUCGAAUUCCACAGCCCCCAGAGCUUUUCCAGAUUAUUGAUAACCACCUGGGCCUUCAGUUUGAUAGCAAACUGGGUCUCACUACAGGUUUCACAAAGUGAUAGGUGCUUUUUUUGUUUUUACUGCAAAGAAAAAUAUUUUAUAGUUGGUUUAGAAAUUAUUUUUUCUUCAAUUGUACUGUUUUGAGUCAAAUUUCAUUUAUCAUUUUAAUUUGCAUUCCAAGCAACCUGGUUUCUUCAAAGUCAUUCUUUGGUUACUUAUUUGAAACCACUUAAAGUAUUGGUUCUUGCACAUUUCAUGAAAAAGUGUUUGUGAAAGAUACACCAAAAUGUGUGUAAGUGUAGGUGUAAAAUAUUGAAAGAUCAACUUUGGGUCAUUGGCGUUAGGUCAGUGAUGAUUUUUAUGGCUAAUGUAAAAACAAAUUACUGUCUUAAUGAAUUUGGUGUGACUGCUGCCCAUCUGCUUAACUUCAUCUAUCUUAUCAUCAAAGUACAUUAGGAAAAUUAUCUUUUUCCCAUCUGAUUACAUAUUUAGUACAGUGUGAUGUCCAUACAAAGCUUAAUACUUAUACUUGCUUAAGGCUUCAUUUUGCAUUGACAUCAAGUCUAUCUACCUAUCUAUGUACUCUGCUCAAGGUUCAGAAGACCACAUUGUAAUGUUCUGCAGCUUUUUAGGACAUGUCACAUUCCUCCUGUUUGUUUCACCCGAAUCAUUUAUUUUCAGAAAGAGUAAUCUAAAAGAUUUCAUUGCCAUUUACAUUCAUACUUAGCUUACUGUUGAAAGUGAGUUUAUGCUAGGUUUCAGCUUUAAGUUUGCCCCUCUGCCUCAUCUUCCCUUAACACAAAUAUUUAGUAUGGUUACCUAUGUAUAAUUUAGCAAUAGAAAAAUCUGUAUGUCAACAGUAUCUGAAGUGAAUCAUUGGGCCCACUGUUUCAACUUGUGUUGAAAAUAUUAUUAAGAAUAUACUGUAUGUUUAGUCUCAAGCUUUUCAUUUCUUAUUCAUAUUUCUUAAUUAUUUUCCUCCAUAUUUGAAAGAAAAAUAAUUAUUUGUAUUCUGUAAGGGAGAAAAGAAAUAUGCCGGCUGCAUACUGCCUGUGAUAUGUAUUUUCUGUUGGAAUUAGCCAGCUCUUUGUUGCAGUUAUUUGAAAUAACUUCUCUAUAAAUGUCAACUAGAAAUAUGUAUUGAGAAACACUUAAUACAGCCUGAAUUUUCAUUAAUAUUGACAUUGUUUUUAUCUGAUGAGGCAGGAAGUUCUUUACAUUGUUAACUAAUAUUUCCAUAUCAUAUUCACAGUAUGCAAAACUAUAAAUUGUCAGGUAUGUGUAAUCAUCCCAACCCCUUCAUCAAACCUUAUUGUACUGAGUGUGUAUGUGUCUAAGUAUUUGUAACGUAAUACUCUGAAGCAGAUAUCGGCAAUACAUUAUCUUUUAUGAUGAUUUUGGGAACCUCUUAAGUUGAUUUGGUACUUCUACUUAUAGUUGUGUCAUUCAAACAUACAAAAACUCACCAACAAAUUUUGUCAUGAGUCAUGAGACCCGACUUUGUCUUAUGCUCAAAAUAGCUAGGUUCUCCACAAGAGUAGAGAUGUAAAGACUGAAUAAAUGGCUGCUUCAUUGUAUUGAUGUUACUGCUCAUCUCUCAAACAUAGUGCUAUAAAUCUGUGAAUUACAUUAGAAAUGUGAGCUUAAAACCUUGUUUUAGGAGCUCUUUGUAUACCUGAUCCAUAAUUGUAAAAUGUCCCAUACUAAAUGUUAGCUGUAUAGUUUAUGAAAUACAAUGAAUGAAUUAUGA